ACUUCCGGUGAAGUUGUUGCGCGCUGGGCCAGAGGCGGGCAGGCGGACGGUACCGGGGAUUGAGAUGGACGUGACGGGGCAGGACAGUGACUGGCGAAGCUUGACCUUCAGACAAAAGCUGGUUAGCCAAAUAGAUGAAGCAAUGCGCAAAGCAGGAGUUGCUCAUAAUAAGUCCAGUAAGGAUAUGGAAUCUCAUGUGUUUCUAAAAGCUAAAACACGUGAAGAAUACCUUUCUUUGGUAGCCCGGCUUAUUAUCCACUUCCGAGAUAUACAUAACAAGAAGUCUCAAGCGUCAGUGAACGACUCUAUGAAUGCCCUACAGAAUCUGACUGGGGCAGCACCGGUUGGUGCACAAACAAUGAAUAUGAAUGCCCGACCUCCUGGAACCCAGAUGGGAGGCAUUGGUGGAAUGGCACAAAUGUCCCAGCAAAUGACUCUUCCUGGUCAACCGGGUGCCUCUGGGAUGACAGGACAUGGAAUAACAGUGCCUGGUACAAACCAGCCUACUCAGCUGCAGCUACAGCAAAUGGCACAGCAGCAACAACAGCAACAGCAGCAGUUUCAGCAACAGCAGCAGCAGGUGGCCUUACAGCAGCAGUUCCAAGUGGUUCAACAAACAGCCAUGCAGCAGCAGCAGCAGCAGUUUCAAGUGGCAGCUGCACAACAGCAGCAGCAGCAAGCCCAGCAGCAGCAAGCACAACAGCAGCAGCAACUACAGGCUGCCCAGGCCCAGCAGCAACAUCUUCUGAAAAUGCAGAUGCAACAGCAGCAGCAGAACCAACAACAGCAAUUACAACAACAGCAGCAGCAACAGCUACAAAGAUUAGCUCACAUACAACAGGCAAUGCAGUUACAGCAGCCCAUGCAACAGCAACAGUUGCAGCAGCAGCAACAACAGAUGCAGCUCCAGCAGAUGCAGCAACAACAACAACAGCAGCAGCAGCAGCAACAACAGCAACAACAACAGCAACAGCAGCAGCUGCUCUCCAACCAGACUCAGGGACAGACAAUGGUCCCCCCUGUUUUGUCUGUAACUCUCACACCCCAACAGCAGCAUCAGCUGAAGAUACUGCAGCAGGUCCAGCGACAGGCCCAGCAGCAGGCACAACAACAGGCCCAGCAGCAGGCACAACAACAGGCCCAGCAGCAAGCGGCCCAGCAGCAGGUUCAGCAGCAGGCACAACAACAGGCCCAGCAGCAGGCACAACAGCAGGCUCAGCAGCAGGCACAGCAAGUAGCGCAACAGGCUCAGCAAGUGGCACAGCAACAGGCAGCUCAGCAUCAGGCAGCUCAGGCCCACAUGGCAGCUGCAGCGGGACAGAUGAUGACCGGAGCUAUGCCUCGAGGUGGGAUGCCAGUAAGACCACGCUUCCCGCCCACCACCACACCACCUGCCACGUCUCCAAGCUCCGUCCCUGUGGGAGGACAGCAGAUCCCACAGGUCACUCAGAACAAUAUCUCUUUAAUGUCUUCACCAUCACCAGUACAGCAGGUGCAAACCCCACAGUCCAUGCCCCCACCUCCUCAGCCAUCACCACAGCCCUCACAACCCAUGUCACAACCAAACUCCAAUGUCAGCUCGGGUCCAGCUCCCUCUCCCAGCAGCUUCAUGCCCAGCCCAUCCCCUCAGCCCUCUCAAAGCCCAGCAUCAGCCCGCACUCCUCAAAAUUUCAGCGUGCCCUCUCCGGGACCCCUUAAUACGCCAGGAAAUCCAAAUUCUGUCAUGAGCCCCGCAAGCUCCAGCCAGUCAGAGGAGCAGCAGUACCUGGAGAAGCUGAAGCAGUUGUCUAAGUAUAUAGAGCCCCUGAGACGGAUGAUUAACAAGAUUGAUAAGAAUGAAGAAAGAAAGAAAGAUCUCAGUAAGAUGAAGAGCCUCCUGGAUAUUCUGACUGACCCAUCUAAGAGAUGCCCCCUGAAGACCCUGCAAAAGUGUGAGAUUGCACUGGAGAAGCUGAAGAAUGACAUGGCAGUGCCAACCCCUCCUCCUCCCACAGUUCCAUCAACUAAGCAGCAGUACCUUUGCCAACCUCUUCUGGAUGCUGUAUUAGCAAAUAUCCGCUCACCUGUAUUUAACCAUUCACUUUAUCGAACAUUCAUGCCAGCCAUGACUGCUAUCCAUGGGCAGCCAGUCACAAUGCAGACCGUUGUUCCCCGAAAGAGAAAAUUUGAAGAAGAUGAAAGGCAGACCAUACCAAUUGUGCUUCAGGGGGAGGUUGCAAAACUGCACUCAAAGUUUCUGGUCAAUCUCGACCCUUCUCAUUGUAGCAACAAUGGGACUGUUCACCUUAUCUGCAAAUUAGAUGAUAAAAACCUCCCAAGUGUUCCUCCACUGCAACUUAGCGUCCCUGCUGAUUACCCAGAGCAGAGCCCAUUGUGGAUGGAUAACCCUCGGCAAUAUGAAGCCAACCCAUUCCUGCAGUCCGUGUAUCGCUACAUGACGUCCAAGCUCCUACAGCUGCCUGACAAGCAUUCUCUGACAGCGCUGUUGAACACUUGGGCACAGAGCAUCCGACAGGCCUGCCUUUCUGCUGCUUAAAGGUUGGGGGGGGGGGGGAACUGCACCCAAAUCAUAAAAACGGACCCACUGCAGCAAACAUCGGCUGCUUUUCUUGUUGUUGGGGCCAAUGGAUCUGGAUGAGGGAGUGCUGUCCUAUCAACAAAAGCAUGGACUCUAUAUUAUCAACUCACACAGUAAAUCUAAUCCCUUUUGGGAUGUGAGUAAAGUAUGCCGAUCUUUUCUUCAAUGGUAUUAAAGACAGGACUCUAAAUGAGAAUAUGGUGUCUAAUUAUCUUGCAGCAGUCAAAUAAGUACACAUAAUGAAGUAUAUUUCCAUUGUGGUGGUGACUGCUGACUAAUGUAAUCUGGUGAAAAAACAUUAGUAUAUCCUGUGUUCUAAAAGAAUGAUGGAGCACAUUUUUUUUUAUUUGACUAUGAAUUGCCUCUUGGUUUAUUAUAAUAAAGGUAUUUUGUUUUUUU